UAAAAAUGGUAUAUUAGUGGACAAACUUUGUAUGGGAAACCAAUGCAUGGUGGUUAAGAAGAAUCAGACCUGUACUAUUAUAAUAUAAUAAAGUUUGUUGUAUUGGGAGCAUUUGCAUUCACUGCAUUCUAUGGAGGCAGAUAUUAUUUCUUUGGAAAAUGGGCUUAUUAUAAACAAAGAUAAUUUACAGAGCCUGAACUCAUAGCUUAAGCAGAAGUCAAUAAAAGGUUUAAAUGUUUUUUUAAUGGUCUCUAGAAAUUGGGGAUAUGGAGUUUGGUACAAACCAACAUUAGAAAGAAGCAGAAAGAAAUUAUUGUAGGAUGCAUUGAAAGGUAGUAUAACAGUCUAAAAUAAUUUAUAGAUAAAUAUAGAUAUGCUAUGACAUGGGAAGAAUUAUUUUAUGAAGAUCCAAGACCAGUUGAAGAAAUUCUUGAAGAAGAAAACUCAUGGGAAGAAUAUGAGAUUUGAUAAGAUUUAAUAUACCCUAUAUCGUUAUAUAAUUAUUUUAUAUGAAGC